AUGGUUUAUCGCUCUGCUCUUGGGCGUGCUCACCGCAAUAACAGGAAGCGGCAUUGCCAUUUUCUCCGAUUUUCUCGGGGACGCCCGCUUUGGCUUCUGUCGCGGCAUCCUACUUGCGGAUCGGAACCGCUGUUGCGGAGGCUCUGA